GUCCCCGCCAUGGCCACGGCCAGGCCUCCCGGGCGCGGCUGCGGAGCCCUGCCCCGGUGGCUGCUCGGUGCUGCGCUGCUGCUGGGCCUGCGGCUCUGCAUCGAGUUGCACCGCGCGGGCUCCGGAUCCCCGGGACGCCGCGAUCCCCCGGGGCCACCCCGGCCGCACCUGCUGCCCCCGCCCGACCCUCCACGCGGUGCCAGUAGGAGGCAGGUGACCUACGUGCGCAGCGGGCGCAGAGCACUGCCCCGGGGUGGUGGGACCACGACGCCGGAGCCGAGCUGUUGCACCCCACGCGGGCUUCCCCGCAGGAAGGGUUCCCGGUGGCAUAUAGAGCUCCAGCCUUGGGCAGGCCCUGCUCAGUCCCUGGAUGAAGAAGCCUCAAGGUUCUUGAGCUACAUCAGCACCACUCAGAUUGCAUGCGAUCACAUGGGUACAGACAGCUUGGCUGCUGACUCCAGCCCUGCAACGAAUCCCUGGCUGGUGUGUCUUGAUGACAGGUUUGGCUUAGCUCAUCAAAUCCGCAGCAAGCGCUGCCGCCUCUACUCCUUAGGCCUGGGAGGUGACGACACACGCUUUGAGAUGAGCAUGGCCAGGGAUGGAUGUGAAGUGCACCGUUUUGACCCUAGUGUCAAAUCAGCCCACGCUCUGGAGAACCAGCGCCUCUGGCAUCACCGCUUGGCCAUCGAUUGGCGGGACCCACAUCCAGCUGUGGCUGCUCAAAAGUCAAACAGCAACACCAGGAAACUGGGAAGCAUUUUGAAUGAAUUUGGGCAUCACAAGAUUGAUAUUCUCAAGGCAGAUCUGGAAAGUGCAGAAUGGAAAGUUCUAGAAAACCUUAUUUUGGAAGAUGUCAUUGAACAGAUUGGGCAGCUCGUCUUUGAGAUACAUCUCCACUGGCCUGGCUUUGAGGUCAGUGGCAUUGAGAGCAGCGUGGUGAGGUUUUGGUACAGCCUCCUGAAGGAGCUAGAGCACAAAGACUUCAGGCUCUUCCACACCUAUAAAGAUUUGUCGAAACCCCAGCUAUUCCUGAAGAAAGCCAUUUUCAAUGCUAGCAGCUGCUAUACCCUGAGUUGGGUGAAUACAAGAUGGAGGUAGAACAAAGCCUCUCACACAAGGCAAAGAACUGUCUGCAGAUAGGUGUGUCUGUCUGUGCGUCUCCAGCUGCCCGUUACCUGCUUGGGGCGGGGGCUGUGUUAUUACAGCAGGACGUGAAGCCUUGACAAGCAAGGGCACCGUGGAUGAACGCUUCCCCUUCCCCAAACUGAGACUGGUUUUGCCUUUGACAGAUGUGGGUGUGUCCUCCCCCACUCUCACUUAGAGGGUAGAAAUGCUCCGCCUAUGCUGGUUUUCUGUUUCCUCAAAAUUCUUUACAUAUCUGUAGCUCAUGAAUUUACAUU